AUUAACCCCUUCUGAAAAAAACAAAUGUGCAUCACGUGGCUCCCUCUGCUGGUGGUGUUGGGUUUGAUUCUUCUGUACAGAUGGUACAGGCAGAGUCACAUACUGGAGAAUCUCUCACAUAAAUAUGUUUUUAUCACUGGAUGUGAUUCUGGAUUUGGGAACUUGCUGGCUAAGCAGUUGGACAAACGUGGAAUGAAGGUCCUGGCUGCUUGUCUGACAAAGACCGGUGCUGAAAAUCUGAAGAAGGAGACUUCCAGCAGACUGCAAACAAGAAUCCUGGAUCUCACUGACAGCAAAAGUGUGAGCUCUGCUGCCGAGUGGGUAUCAAUCAUCGUUGGAAAUGAAGGGCUUUGGGGAUUGGUAAACAAUGCUGGCUAUGCUGUUGGUUUUGCUCCUAAUGAGUGGCAAACAAAAGAAGACUUCUCCAAGGUCCUGAAUGUGAAUCUACUUGGUACAAUCGAUGUCACCUUGAACUUGCUGCAUCUGGUCAGAAAAGCCCGGGGACGCAUUGUAUAUGUAUCUAGUGUUGCUGGGAGAUUGGCUGUUUUAGGUGGGGGAUAUUGCCCUUCAAAGUAUGGUGUGGAAGCUUUCGCAGACAGUUUAAGAAGAGAAAUGCGUGCAUUUGGUGUAAAGGUUUCUAUCAUAGAGCCAGGAGCUUUUAGAACACCGAUAACUGCUUGGGAGUCUCAUAAAAAUCACCUAAUCCAACUAUGGGAAAAACUUCCAGGACAUAUUAAGGAGGACUAUGGAGAGAAUUACUGCAAGCAAACUAGUAUCAGUGCUUUAGAAGGAUUACUACAAACAACAAAUCCAAGGCUAUAUGAAGUCUCUAACUGUAUGGAGCAUGCCCUGACUGCUGUUCACCCCUGGACCAGAUACUCACCUGGCUUGGACUCCAAACUGUACUUUCUCCCAGUAUCUUACCUCCCUACUGCCAUCUCUGACUAUUUGAUUUGUCGGUCUGCUCCCAAACCUGCUCAAUGUAUAUCAGCUGCUGAAAAACACUAGGAUCAUUGAGUCACUCUUUGAAGAAUUGGUCUUAAUG